AUGCAGUCAGAAGUUCAAGGAGGAAACGUGGUAGGCAGUACCUUCCUAGUGUCACUGAAACUGCGGGAAAAUCAAAAGCCCUCCAACAAUAUUUUUAGUGUUAGAGAAACAAGGCAUUACUUUCUCUGGCCAGAAUGUGAAAUCAUUUCAUCCACACAUAGCCCAGACAAAUAUUCCAAAUGGCUCCCGGAGAUGGAGUCACUGAUGCCCAACACCCUGGAUUACAGCUGAUCUGUCAAGGAAUUGGGGAAUUCCCUGGGUAAAUGCAAGAAAAAGAACAUGCAGCAGAUCUUGACUAACGCCACCAUCACAGUGGUCAGCGUGGUGGCCUCCACCACCCAGAGGCAGCAGCUCCCGGAGGAGGAGCUGGGCAGGAUUGAGGACGCGUGUGACACGGUGCUGGCACUGAGCGGGGCCAAGCUGCGCAUCUAUGAGUACGUGGAGUACGUGUCCUUCAUCGCCCCCAGCCUCUCCCUCACCCUCGAGGCCUCCACAGCUGUCGAGAUCACGGGGGUGGCAGAGGGCCUGACCCCGCUGUCCAAGCUGCCAGCCUGCAACAUCCUCCUGCUGGGGGGCCCAGCAUUCUCUGGCUUCUCCUCCUCCAACUCCGUCCUGCCCCACACCGGCUUCACCCACCGCAGCGACAUCGUCCGGCCCCGAUUUGAGGAGGAAAGCGAUGUGGCAGCCAGAGGGGACAGAUUCCACGAGAGCCGAGACGGGAAGGCGGGCUACGAGCUGAAGGAGGAGAUCGAGUGCAAGUUCAGCAAGUGGCGGAGCCUGGGCCCUGUGAAGCCGCUGCCAGCGCCACUGGACGGGCUGAGGGAGAAGAGGAAGGGCUGGCGGUACUGGAAGAUGAAGGAACGCUUGGGGCUGACGGAGAUCCGCAAACAGGCCAACAGGAUGAGCUCUGGGGAGAUGGAGGAGGGCCUCGGGUUCAGCCUGGGCCACCUGGGCAAGGCCAGCGGUGGCCGCACGCACCAGAUCCAGGUCAAGGCCACCAAGGCCUGGAUCAGGAAAACCCUGCAGAGGCAGAGUGUCAUCCACAGGGGCAAAUCCACAAUCCAGGCCCGCAGCUCAGGCAUGGCCUCGAGCAUAGCCUUCACCUCCUUGCAGGAGCUGGAGAUCAUGAACCUACAGGCAAGCCAAAAGAAAGUGGCUGAGGCCAGCGAGAAAUAUUUCUCCAGCAUGGCUGAGUUUCUCAAGGUCAAGGGGAACAACAGUGGGGUCUCCAUUCCCCCGACCCCACUGGGAUCCCCAAUUCUCACCCUGCGACCCCUAAAUUCCCAAGGAUUCUGCCCCAGUGUCACUUUCCUAAACUUUUUAUAAAUAUUGGAAUUUGUGGUUGGAGCGUCUUGGGGGGGGUGUCAGGGGGUCCUGGAAGGAUUUUGGAUGGUCCUGGAGGGAUUUUGGGGGAUAGAUCUGGGGAGUCCUGGGGAAAAAAAUAAAUUAAAAAAAUACAUAGACCACAGAGUUGCAAAUAUAUGUGUAAAGAACGCAGAGAAUAUAUAAAACAAAAAAGGCAAAAAUCAAUGGGCAUCACAUCCACAUGGUACUUUGAUAUUUAAGAAGUUACCAUGGUAACACCUGCACUGCGGCCCAGAAUGAAGCAGGCCUUGCUACAAGUCCUCUGCUAGAACUCCUGGAACCUGACUUUUUAUUCCUUACAGUACAUCAGGGCUAAAAUAUCAGCCCAAAAAGCAGACAAACCCCUGGCUACUGAGUAGUACAUUUAAUGAGCAAAUAGCUGUAUGCGGAACUGUUGAUUUUCCUGGGCAUUCAAUUGACUGAAUCUUAUGCAAUAAACUUCAAACAACAGAAACUGA